CCUCCACAACAGCAGCAACAAUCGGGCUCCUUGGCAACCAGUCCUCUUGAACCAUCACCGCAUCCGCACGUGACUCCUGCUCAGUCUGUUCCUGGGAGUUCGCAAACGCAGGCGCUUACCUCGGCACUUGUUCAUUCUCAUCCCCAUCCUCUGGCUUCACCACCCGGGCUUCGCCAGUCAGGCCGGAGCUAUUCAACCACCGAUGAGGCAGCUUCAACUUCCGGACAAGCAGAAUCCCACCUUCAUCACCAACAACAUCAACAUUCGCUUACACAACAUCAUCAUCUUUAUCAAACUCAACCAAAUCCGCCCCAUUCUCAUCAACAACAGCAGCACAGUCAUCAUCUAUCUACUGUUCCUACUUCUAUCUCGGCCCUUGCUUCUGCUCCUGCAUCUGGUACUAGCGGUCCUACUGGUCCUAUUCCUCCUCUUCCUCAUCAUCUCCUGGAUCAACGUGGUCAACAUUCACAGCAACUGCUCGUGCACCCACCACACACACACUUGCAUUCACACGAAGCCCACUCGCAUCCUAGCUCACGUCAACAUCACCCCAAUCUGGUGCCGCUGGGCUUUCUGCAAGCGGCCCAACAGUCUUCUACAGCAAAAUCUGUUGAGAGCAUAAGAAUUGCUGUCUGCUACUAA